AUGGCUAACCGUACGGUGGUCGACGCCUCGACCGUAAAAGGAACGAACCCACAGUUCCUGAUUGAAAAGAUCAUUCGGCAGCGUAUUUAUGACAGCAAAUUUUGGAAAGAACAGUGCUUUGCACUUUCAGCUGAGUUGCUUGUCGACAAAGGGAUGGAUCUCCGCUAUAUUGGCGGAAUCUAUGCAGGAAACAUCAAGCCGACGCCCUUCUUGUGUCUGAUCCUGAAGAUGCUCCAAUUACAACCGGAGCGGGACAUCGUUAUGGAAUUUAUAAAGCAGGAUGAUUUUAAAUACAUCCGAGCAUUGGGUGCGCUUUAUUUGCGGAUGGUGUUUCCCUCGGUAGAUAUCUACAACUACCUUGAGCCGCUGUAUAACGACUUCCGGAAAUUACGGGUGAUGAACAAUAUGGGACGGUUCGAAUUGAUGCACAUGGACGAAUUUGUUGAUCUGUUGUUGAGAGAAGACAGAGUUUUGGAUAUCCAGAUGCCGCGGUUACAGAAAAGGGAUGCUUUGGAAGAAACUGGCCUGCUGGAGUUAUAUAAGUCUGCUCUCGAUGAAGAUCUUGACAAGAUCUCGGAGGACGAGUCAGAGGAAGAUACCAAGGAAAGGAAGAAAGAACGGCCCAGCCUUAUUAGUCGAAAGCGUAGCCGUUCGCGAGACCGUUUCCGCGACAGGGACGAUCGUCGAAAAGAAAGAGAGCGGUCCCGGGAACGACGACGUUCGAAAAGCCGUGACCGCGAUGAUCGGAAGGACCGUGACGAUCGUAGAGGUCGCGAAGAGAAGCGUGACAGUCGACGAGACCGUGAUGAUCGUCGGGAGCGUGAUGAUCGGAAAGAUCGUGAUGACCGCAAGGAUCGUGAUGACCGAAAAGAUCGUGGCGAUCGGAAGGAGCAUGAUUCGAAGAAGGACCGCGAUCGUGGAGAUCGCAGCAAGAAAGACACACUGGAACGCGAGAUCGAUGAGGCCAAUGCGCAGCGUGCCAAGCUCGGUCUCGCCCCUCUUCAACGC